AAUUUGACUGUUGAAUCAAAACAUUGCUACCGCUCCGACCAACAGUUUGUAAAUAAACCAGGGAAAUAUAAAAAAACUCGUGGUGCCGGCGAGUUCCGUAAUAUGUAAAUUUCAUCGAGUGUGGUAGAUCCCGUGAAACACCCUCACAAACAACGUAGUACAAUCAAUUCAAAUAAAAGUUCCUAACCUCGUGGUAGCAGAAAAGUUACAUGAUCGGUCCAAACAUGACCGGGCACAGUUUACACAUGCUUCGAAGCAUCUUUCCCCGAUGGCGAAACAGCUCGACUUCUCUGUACCGAACCGUGGUGAACGAUGCAGCAUCGCUCCAACUGAAACCAUCGCGCGGCCGUAAACCGAAAGCCAUGGCCACCACAUCAUCCCCCGGUGCCACCGAAAUCACUGUACCAAAGGAUAUACUGGAACACUUCCAGACCACUGACGGGAUGGAUGCGUCCGUGUUGAAACACUUCCCACCAUCGAUACUGCGUAAAAGCUCCCUCAACACGGAACGAUUUUACGUCGCCAAUCGAGCGACGGCAGAACGCAUCGCGGACGUUAUAACACAGGAUCUACCGCCCGAUCGGUUAUUGGUGGAAGUAAAUCCUGGCCCAGGAAUGCUGACCGAACAAAUCCUGAAACGCAAAGUUAACAACCUGCGCCUUUACGAAACGGAAUCCGCUUUCGAGCCUCGACUCCGAUCGUCACUCAAACUGCCAAAGAAUGCGCUUCAGAUUGGUGAUUUCAACGGGCUGUGGCGGUUGUCCUAUCUGGAUGGGUUGGACAAUGGUCGACGCGUGCUAAAGCUAUUGAGUGACAUACCACAAAGGAAGUGGCCGGAUGAGGUCGGCUUCCGACUGUUUUCCGUCAUAGGAACCGUAAAAUUUUUGCGCUACCUUAUCAACUCGAUCACCCACCAGUCGGAAUUCUAUUUGCUAGGACGGUACGAAAUGUACCUCGUGAUGUCACCGUUACUUUACGCGCAAAUCGCCGCCACCAAAGACGGAGGAUACAAACUGUACCGGGGGAGCACGAUCGUGUUUCAGGUGUACUUCGAGCACGAACUGUUGGGAAAGGUACCACGCAAACACUUCCUACCCUGGUGCACUGCUGGCGGUACAAAAAAGGUCCGUACGCUGCACCAGAAGCUAAUCGAGGACGGUACGGAAGAGUGGUGUUUGGUGAAGAUUGUGCCACGGAGGAAUCUGCACGAACAUCUGCUGCCGGACAAUUUCGGUCUGUUUGCUUCGUUUAUAACGCAACAUUACAUCAGCAGACGGAAUCGGAUUAUCCCAUCGCUAGAACACUGGAUUCCGCACUGUGGAGCAAGGCUUAUUUUGAACGCAAACUAUACGCCAAGGACGUCGAAAAAGGCAGCGUCAUCAAUCGCGAACGUGUUACCGAGUCUGCUGUCGAAAUCGAUGCCCCUGUCAUCGAACGAUUAUCCGACCAACAUGAACAUUUACACCGAGUUCGGUGAGCUGACCCCAACGCAGGCGCUAACGCUGUUUAAUGAGUUUAUCAACUGGUCCGAAUUCCACCAGUCACCGUUCAUGCAGGCGGUGGAAAGUCAGAAGCUCAAGCAGCGCCUGUUGCGAACGCUUGAUGAGGAAGAUCCCGGAUCGGAAGAGCCCAACGAACCGAUGAAAAAACGUUCGGAUGCGUAGCGAACGAACGGUGGUCGGUAACCGGUUUCGAACUGACUCUAUUUUUAUUCGGAGUGCUUAUACUGAAAACAGAAGGCGGGGAAACACACGCGCAUUACGCGCACAACCCAUUAUGCAUAGUUUUAGUGCCAGCGCGGCACAGUUUGACGCCCUCGAAAUACAGCGGGUUAACCUUCAUCGCCACCGGCUGUUCCUGCUGCUGGUCGACGUCGUUCCGAUUGUUCACCGUCAGCUCGAGCAUCUCCGUGGUGCCCUUGAUGCAGUCCAGCUCCAGUGUGGUAAUGUUAACCCCGAUCACCCA